CAGCGAGUGACUGUGCGCGUGUAUGUGUGCAAGUCUCGCUCGUGCCCCUAGAGGGCUCAGCUGUCUCUCUGUGUGUCAGUCAGUGUGUGUCAGUGGGUCUGUAUGUGAGUUCGGGCUCGUUCAUCAUGUCCUCCGCAGGUGCUGCAGGAGUUUGCGGACCCGGACCGACACCGGGCCCGAAUCACGGCGCGUCCAACCCGCGAAAGUUUAGCGAGAAGAUCGCGCUGCACACGCAGAGACAGGCGGAGGAUACCGCGGCGUUUCAGGAGGUCAUGAUGGACCUCACCUCCACCCGGAUUCAGGCACAGAAGGUCCGAUUGUCCAGAACUCAGGGCCCGUAUUACGGCGGAUCUCUGCCCAACGUCAACCAGAUCGGCAGGAACAUGUCAGAGCUGCAGGGCUCGUUUCAGUCUCCUCUGGACUCCUGUCGCUCCACACGACAUCAUGGUCUGGUGGAGAGAGUCCACAGAGACAAACACUUCGUCUCGCCCAGCAGACCCUACAGGAGACAAAUGGACAGCUCUCACAGCGCCUCUAUGUAUCUGUCUCCGCCCCCUGACUCCAGCUGGAGAAGGAACUGGAACAGUAACUUUUCCACGGACAAGAGCCAGAUAUUCCAUCAGCUUCCUACCACAGCACUCAACAGGUGAUCUCUCUCUCUCUCUCUCUCUCUCUCUG